AAAAAUCUUAUUGUGUGAUUUCCACCGUGAGAAAGCUUGGGUGGAGUGGCUGAACAAAAAGGAUCAUGGUGCACGCAGUUCUCGUAACAUGGUCUUGAAAAUGCUUCGAAAUAUUGCACGUGCCACGAACAUGGAAGAACAUAUCAGUGCUAUUAGGACUUUAGAAGAGAGUGCAAUUUGGAACAAAAACGACGCUUUAAAGCAAUGGUUCUCCAAAAAAUGGAUGCCAGAAAUACAGAAAUGGGCACAUGUUUACCGGACUGGGCUUUUAAAUUUUGGCAUAAAUACAAACAAUGGCCUUGAACGUCAGCAUGAGGUUUUGAAAUAUAAUUAUUUAGAUGGCUAUAAGAACUGCACCCUUUCAGAAAUGAUUACAGUGCUUCAUCGGAAUUUUUUCCCUAGCACAUACAGAAAGUAUGUGGAGUCAAAUUUGAAAUGUUCUCAAUAUUAUCGAAAGUACAGUGAAGAUGUACCAAAAUUUUUAUGGAACCGUCCAAGGGAUUUUAUUAAAAAAGUCAUGAAAAAAAUGACAAGCAACCUGGAUGAAUCGGACAUUAUCUGCAUUAAUUCUGAGAGUGGUGCCUUUAAAGUUAGCAGUGAGACUACAAAAGGACUGUCCUAUGAUGUAGUUUUAACAGGUGUGCCUCCAAUGUGCACAUGCCUGUACUGGAAAAAUUACUUUCUUCCUUGUAAACAUAUGUGCUGUAUUUUUAAGUAUGUAGAUGGCUGGGGGUGGGAUACAUUGAAUAGUUCCUACAGGAAUAAUCCUCUUUUCAUUCUGGACACUGAUAUUCUGGAGAUAAAAACUGAGCAUGACGAAAAUUCCCAUGAAAAAUUGACAAAACCUUUUAUAGAUAUCGCACAAAUGCACAACUUUGAAGAGUUACCACCACGUAGAAGAACAAAGCGAACAACAUUGAUUAGAUCGUACGCACAAACUGUGAAACAAUUGACAGAUUUAGUGUAUCUAAUUCAUGACAACUCCCACAUUGAGACAUUGAUCAGUUCUGUGCAGAAUUUAGUCGAGGCUUCAAAAUUAAAGGUUCCAAAAGAAAGUGGCCUACCAUUAAUUGAAACACCCAAAAAAAAAAUACAACUGACUGAGAAAUAUGAGCCACUUCCUAAAAGAGUUUAUGGAAAACCAAAACAACCUGCAUCACAUAGAGUUGGGGAAAAGGCUGAGCUUUUAAGACAAGAUGUUUGGCAAUCCGUAGAUUGCAAUGCAGAAAAUUAUGAAAUGAAAGAUGCAUGUGAAGAGAAUAUUCAGAAUAAAGACGACACAUGGGUUACAAUUAAUGGCAUCAGGUUAACAUAUAAUGAUAGAGACAUAAUAGCCAAUGGUGAGUGGUUAGAUGACAAUAUAAUCAAUGCUUGUCAGCAUCUUCUUUCUCAAAAGUUUCCUUCGGUGGGUGGUCUCUGUGACACCCUGCUAGUGGCACACAAUGCUACUGCUAGUGCUAAAGUUGAUAAUGUCAUACAAAUCCACCAUUUGGGUGAUCACUGGGUUGUGUCACAUUGUUCAGAAUCAGUAGUAAAUGUUUAUGACUCCAUGAAACCAAUUCAAAUUGCAAACACACUUAAAAUGCAAAUGACAAAAAUGUACGCUCCAUUGUUUUCUGGUGAAAACUCAACACUGGAUGUGAAUUUCAAAUGUUGUCAGAAACAACGUGGCUGUAACGACUGUGGUUUAUUUUCCAUUGCCAAUGCAGUGUCUCUGGCAAAUGACAUUAGUUUAAAUACUAUUCAAUUUGACCAAUGGGAGAUGAGAAAUCAUUUAAUAAAGUGCAUUGAACGACAAGAAAUUUCAAUGUUUCCACAUGUAAAUAAGUCAAUUAAAAUGACUACAAAAAAGAUAAAAAUGACAACUUUCUGUGUAUGCAAAAUGCACAAUGAAAAAAAAAUGAUGAUUGAAUGCACAAGCUGUAGAAUGUGGUUCCAUUUGGAUUGUGUUGGGCUUCAGUCACAUGAUAAAUGUAUUACAACUAGAAGAAGAUAUUUCUGUCCAGAGUGUACAAAAAUUAAGAAAUAAUUUUGGAGUUAAAGAUAAAACAAAACAAAACUAGAGUUUAAAUACAAAUAAAGAACAGAUAGUAUGGGCUCAGUAUCUGCAAGUGUUCCCACUAUUAUGAACAUUUAUGACUAGCAGUCAACCUGUAAACUUAAAUAAUCCUACUUGGGUUACAUGGGUUUUAUGUACACCUACUACUAAUGCUAACUGUACUUUUACUAUACAACCAGUGUGAUAGCACCUAACUGAUAUCACAGUAGCAUAUUAUUAUUAUUUUUUUGGGGUGGUUGAGGUGUCUGUAUACCAGGCACACGCACAGUUGCAAGCAGAAUGUAAACUUUUAGUUUUAACACAAAACAUGAUGUUAAUUUAAAGAUAAUGUUAAGGUGUUAAUGUUAACUAUUUUAAUUAUAAUACUUCACUAAAUUACAGUAUGACACUAAACAGUGAUGCACAUGCCAAGCUUAAAAAUUAAUACACAUGCAAAAUGGAAGAAUAUUGUCUCUAAUGUAGUAUAUUGUAAUUAAGGCUGUGUGGAUGCAGAGACCAACAUAAAAGUGUGCUCUCUGCAAAAGUUGCUAAUCAUAACAGUUGCUGCAUUUGAAGAAUAUUCCACUUUCUCUACUGUUUGUGGGGAGAGCUGGUGGGUGCAUUUUGUCCGCUUUUGUGUACUGGUGACUGUCCCUCUGCGUUGAGCAUUACUGUGUAUCCGUUCAUUGCACACACUGGGUGAUCACGCAGGGUGCCAAGACUUCAGGGCUCUUUUUUUUUUAAAGAACCCAAUUAUGUCUAGAGAUGAAUCAGGCAGCCACGUGUAUUGGCGUAUUGACUUCAGGGAUAUGAUUGGAAUUCCUAUAGCAGCUAGCACUUUAAUACCAUGAUGUUCUGAUGUCACAUUAUGAGUGGAAGACCUGGUUCCCAUGGUUAGUUGACAUUGCCUGUUCUUGAAAUUAAUCGUCUGGACAUAGGCACAGAAUCAGCUUGGAUCGCAAAAGCAAAAUUUUUCUGUAACUGCCAAAACCAUGAGCACUAAAGGUGUGGUAGAUGUAACAUGUACAGAGAGAGUUAGAUUUGGGUGGCUUAUAUUGUUUCUGUGCAGGGUAAAUACUGGCUGCUUUAUUUUUACACAGCAAUUUAGGUUUCAGUUAGAACACCACACACCACACCCAAAUAUAACUCUCUCUGCACAGGUUAUAUCAACAACACUUGCAGUGCACCUGGUUUUGUGCAUUAGAGAACGUUUUUGAUUUUGUGAUCCAUGCAGAUUAAGGGCCAUGGUCUUGUAAAUUAGUAACAUAUGCUGAAAAUUUUCAUCUUGUGUAGGUUCUAGUAUAUGUUAAGUGCAUAUUAUGUUUAUAACCUGAAAUUAUUUCUGGUACUUGAUUUAAGGAAGUUUAAAGACCAUGAGUGGGUCGAUGCUUUUAAAUGAUCAUAUACAUUACUGAAUACCAGAUGUAUCUUGGUUAUGAUCACUGAACCUUGUAAAGGCAGAGACAGAAAAUUUCAAUACAAUAAUAGUUUCGUAUGGUGUCUUCCUAUGUAUUAGGUGCGUAUUAUAUGUGAUCUAAUUUUAUUAUAUUCUCAAUAUGUGACUUCAUCAGUUGUGGGUUUCUUAUCCCAUUAUAGAACGCUACCUUUAUUAUCUUUGCUGAGGACAAUAGGUUCAUUGGUUUUCAGUUUAUAUAUACAUACGUUACUCUUUAUUGAUUUAUCAUAAUUGCCCACCUACAAUUUAAUUUUAAGUGCUUAAUCACUCUUAAUCUCUGUCCUCUGGGAUCACUACUAUGUACUACUGUGAAGUGGUGGGAUAGGCUAUGCAUGUCUAAUCCUGUGUUUAAUAUUGCUGAUGUGUUCAGCAGUACGGAUAUUCAGCUUCCUGACGAGGCGUCCCAUGUACUUUUGCUCUCAUGGGCAUUCAGCGAUAUGACAUCUUGGCUUUCACAUUAUUAUGUGUUCCUUUUUAAGUUGUAUAUCUUAUUGGUCGUAUUGUUGUUUGAAGGUAUGUAACUUUGGUCGUGGUAGUAGUUGAUUUGCAUGUGAUACAGGUGAUGCAAUUGUAGACUAUACCUGUUUGUGGUAUAUGUGCUAGGGAGGGGCCUUAGACUGCACACCUAUAGCUGCCAGUAAUGUGAGGUGCUACCUACUGAGACUUCUGUUCUACAGAAGAAAAAGGGGGUGUUGUA